GUAGUAAAUAUUUUCCAAGAGCCAGGUGGACGCCAAUCUUCUAGAUACAGUGUCGGAGCACCCCCACGGACCGUUCACUUGUGCCGUCCCUGGCCCAUCAGACGGUCCUUCUUCGUUUCCGUGGUGCCACCUGUCAGAAACAAAUAGUGAGGAAGCGCCACCCCUCUCCACUCCGAAGAACCCAAGAACGGAAGCAGGGCCAAGAGGGAGACAGAGGAGAUGAUUUGGGUUGUGGUCUUGGGUGUGUUUCUGGUGUGCUUGGGGAUGGGCGUGGUGUUCUCCGUGUACGUGUUGAUGCUGUGGUACGCGGGGCUCCGGGAGGAAGCGUCGGCGGCGGCGGCGGAAGCGGCGGAGAAGAAGGGGAGGAAGAGCGGUUUGACGGAGGAGGAGCUGGAGAAGCUGGAGGAGGGGAAGGUGGGGGCGGGGGUUGGGGCGGAGUGCGCGGUGUGCCUGGAGGAGAUGGCGGAAGGGCAGGUGGCGCGGGUGAUGCCGGGGUGCCGCCACACCUUCCACCGUCCCUGCGCCGACGCAUGGCUCCAAGCCCACCCAGCCUGCCCCCUCUGUAGGGCUCGCCUCCUACCUCCUCCCUCUCAACCCCAACCUCAAACCCAAGUCACUUCUCCUCCUCCUUCUUGAUUCCAAUAUUAUUCCCUUUCAAUCAUUAGAUCACUUAAAACAAAAUAAAAUAAAAGCACUCUAGCUUACCCCGUAUGUUUGUUGUUCUUCCACAUUCGUAUUUAGGUUCUAAUUAUGUGUUGCGAUAUAGGAAUUUCUUUGUAAUUUCUUUUAUUAAUUAAAGAAUUAGUGGAGUUUUUCUUA